ACAAAAGCAAGUGUCAAAUUGUCGCAGGACACCAUCGAAAUCGGCGAUCGGAUUUCGUUUGUUCCGCGGUCAGUGCUCGGUUCCGAUUCUUAAAAAUUCUCCGUAAGCAAUGUGCCGACAUUCGUCGUAAUGGCUUCAAACAGUGGCAACAGCAAUCCCAAAUCAAAAGUGCAUCAGGCGAAGGGCCAGGGCAGCAAUCCGACAGCAGGGGACCACCAACUCCCGGAGGGUGGCGAUGAAAAUCAAUACUUUUACGAGGACGAAGUGUUCUGCAUCGAUGGCAAGGGCCGCGUCAAGUUCGGUGUGGUUCUGGAGGUCGAGUUCAGCGAAGGUGAAGAAGGAUUCGAAGAGGAUGCGCUGAAAAAGGGUGAAAUCCGGGCCUGUUGGCACCCGGACGGCCAAAUCGAGGUGGUCAAGCAGUGCAAAGUCGGUCUCGCCGAUCGAACGCUGAUGCCUGGAGAUGUCGUCCGGCGCAUGAUCAAGGGCAAGGACACGCAGCGGGGCUAUUGCCACGAAAUUUUGGUCAAAGCGGAUGUCAAGAUCGCUGGCACCAAACUGGUGGUUCGGAACGUGUCCUCGGAUCGACUGCGCCCGCUGCUCUCGAUGCCGAAGGAUAACGCCGUUUGCCUGGACUCGUGGGUCGGCAGCACAAAGAACGUCAACGAGAAGCUGGUGCUCAAGUCACAGUGCGGAUCGCUGAUCGAGGUUCGACCGGACGUCGAUUACUGUACGUUGAAGGACAACGACACGCGGUCCCGGUGCGGGUACUUUGCCGGUACGCUGUUUUACCCCGGGCAGACGCUAGUGGGGCCGAUUAGCGAGCUGGAGAAUGCCAAGUGGCUGAACACGUCGGCCGAGAUGAAGCUGAGCCGGAAGCACAAGAUGGUGGACCGGAAGUUUACCGUCCAGUCGGUUGACAUCGAGGGCGUUUGGGUGCACUGGCAGUGCAAGGCGUCGUGCGAGGAGUUGGCGGCGGAGAUGAAGGAGAACGGGAUUCAGCAGCCGCCGGAUUACAUUACGGGCGAGGAUUUGAAGCGGUUGAAGAAGCUCAACUUGUUCGAGUCGUGCAUGUUACAGAUCAACGACAAGAACUAUCUGAAGAUUGAGGAGGGCGAUUCGUUCUGCCGGAAGAGCCAGUGGAGGAAGGAGCUUAGCGCUAGAUAUAAGAAGAUGAUGGGCAGCGUGAAGGAGGAAGAAGACGACGAGAAGGUGAUCUGUGAUAACGACGGUCAUAAGAUAACGGUGACGAAGGAGAGCGGUGGCGAGACUGGCGGAUCGCGCGAUAAGGUCGAAACGGAUCGAUCCAAGCUGUGCCCGAGGGACGCUUCGGCGAAGCUGGGCAAACUUCGUCGCAACUCGCCGAGACGUCCGAACGCCGCUACGUCGACGGCCGCCUGUAAGUUGGCGGAGAGUGACGAGUGGCAAACGGAUCCGGAGGAUGAGGAAGACGACGAAGGUUGUGAGGAGUCGAACGUUUCGGACGGGGGUGGUGGAGGAGGAGGUUCGUCUUGCUCAAGUACGGCCACGCCGAGGGGCAGUCCGAAAAAGUCGCCGCUGCUGGCGAAGAAGAUCCGGAAGUUGCGCAAGCGAUCGUCGUCGGCAAGUUCGGAUAAGAUGCCGGCGGUGGGAGAUGAAGUGAUAACGGAGACGUUGGUGGUUUACAGUAUUGCGACAGUGGUUUGGCAGGAUGGCACGAUCGAAACCAGCAUUCCGUCCACGGAGUUGUGCCCGAUUCAUCAUCUGGAUGAUCAUGAGUUUUUCCCGGGAGAUUUUGUACUUGCGGGCAAUACCGACCCGUUGCAGAAUCCUUCGUUUCGGGAUUACGGAGUUAUUCAGAACGUGGACCAUCACGGUCGAACGGCGAAGGUCAAGUGGUUUAGCACGUACACGUGCACGGAUGAGCCGCAGCCGACGUUCAACGGGGAGUCGGAAGUGAGCGUGUACGAUUUGAAGGAUCAUCCGGAUUUCCAGUACAGGCCCGGUACGAUCGUGAUUCGGGUGGCAAACUUUAACGGGGAUGACUCGAACUGCAGUGCCGGGCAGGUGAUCGACAACUACCCGAAUGGGAUGGUUAAGGUUUGGUGGGUUGAUGAUCACGUGAGCAUGUGCUGGCCGCAGGAUAUUUUCGAGGUGGGGCAGUACGAUUCGGAGAACAACUUUUGGGGCAACAACGACUCGGACAACAAUUCUUGGGAAACGGAAGACGAAACAUCGGAGUUGGGUGGUCUGUCGCCGCAGCGGGUCUCGAAGCCUAAACUUACGGCGAAUCUUGAACGCGCUCGGGUGGCGAUGGCUCGACUGGAAGAGCUGUUCAUUAUAAAUCCGCACCUGCAAAACCAGGAAAUGAUGCGUAAGCUGUUGAUGGUGUACAAAAAGUGUCGCUACCUGGAUCGGCUGAUGGACACGACCUUUUUUCACGAGGAGCAUUUUAUGGGCCUGGUCGAGCGAGUUCGCAAAUCCAACAACCAAACCACGGCCGAACGCGUGUUGGAUCAGAAGAAUCGAUUGUUCAAUCAGAACGGCUCAAAGACGACCACGCCCACGGCAGAAACGCCCAGUUCUGAGCAGAAAUUCCCGCUCGCCGUCACCGCAAGCAUCGCUCAAGCCGCAAAGAAACCGGCCACAACUUCCCCAAAUCCAUCCAGCUUGAACACGACCUCGUCGACGUCGUUCAGGUUCCCUACCGGCAACAAUCUGUCCACUUCGUCGGAUAUUUCCAGCAUUGAUGAAAAUCCGGCCAUUACCACGAGUACCAGCUCGUCCAAAUCCGGGGGAGAAAUUGGUGUCGGUGCCGCGGGAGAUGAUUCCGGCAACUUUUCCGCCAAAAGUGACGGUGCAGAGCGGAACAGUUCUACGGAAGUUGCAGGGAACACGUCGCUGCUGAACGCCGAGCUCGACAACGUCAACAAUCUGUACAUGAACAUAAGCGACGAUCUAAACAACACCAGCUCGAUCUUUAGCUUUUCACCGCAGGCGGAGAAUGUGUCCGCCAAGUUGUGCUCGUUGAUCAAGGCUCAGCUGGUGAAGGCCCUGCAAGAGAUCAACCAACGCUACAGCCAGGAAGAUCCGUUCAAGGAGAUCAUCAUCGAGGAGAUUUUGCUUUCGCCUCCGCCGUUUAGUUCGCAGCCCGUUUCUUCGACUCCCUCGCAGCAGCCGUCCAACACUGGAACUCCCAGCGUAGAGCAGAAGGAGCUAAACGAGUCCGUGAAUGAGCAGGAUUCCGGGUCGGAGUGGAACAUUGGCGAGAGUUUCCAGGUGCUCGAAAGCGCGCCCAGCACGCACAAGUAUCUGCUCACCGUGUUCCAGACGAACAACGCACAAAGCUUCUUCAAGGCGGUCCAGCGCGAGCACCGGCUGCUGCGGACGGGACUUCCGCCGGGGGUUUGGGUGCGAACGUUCGAGGAUCGGCUGGACCUGUUGAGUGUGAUGAUCGAGGGACCGAAGAAGACUCCGUACGAGGAUGGGCUGUUUCUGUUUGACAUUCAACUCGGGCAGGACUACCCGAGUGCGCCGCCAAUGUGCCACUACAUAAGCUACUGCUCGGAUCGGCUCAACCCGAACCUAUACGAGGACGGCAAGGUGUGCGUUUCGCUGCUCGGGACGUGGUCCGGACGGGGCACCGAGAUGUGGGGUCCCAACAGUACGCUGCUGCAGGUGAUCGUGUCGAUCCAGGGACUGAUCCUGGUUGAUGAACCGUACUUUAACGAGGCCGGGUACGAGAAGCAAAGAGGUUCCCAGCAGGGUAAGGAAAACUCGCGCAUGUAUAACGAAAUGGUGCUGCUCAAGCUGGUCCAGUCCAUGACCAAGCUGAUCUGCAACCCGCCGGAGAUCUUCAGCGAGCAGAUUCUGGCGCACUUUAGCGCGCGUGGUCAGGGCAUGUACGAGCGCAUCAAGUGCUGGAUGGACGCGUCCAACGAGGUCAACCGAAAGGCUAGCGACGCAUCAACGCCCUCGAUUCCCGAGUCAUCAUCGUCAUCGUCGUCGAUCAUGCCGGACUUUCCACUGAUUCCGGCCAGCCGCGGAUUUUGCCUCACGCUGGUUGGCUUGCUGGAGAACUUGCGCAAAACGCUCAAGUCAAUCGAUGGCGGGCCAACCGCCGAAUAACGGCCCCGCAAGCUAAGCUAAGCUCCCACCGCCCCCGCCCGCCUCGCGCGUGUUCUUUGCUGGCCAUUGAAACGUUUUUCAUUCCUUUGUUGGAACGUCAUUUGUUUUGUUAUUUGAUCGUUUAGCUGAAUAUUAUACGGUUUUUCUGUUUCUUGUUUAA